UUUUAUCAGUCUUUUACAGGAGUUGGAGGAGAAAAGGACGGGGGAUAUGUUGUGUUAUACUUUCAGCGGCAUUGGGCAUGGUGUACGGUGUAUGGGUGUUGUAGAUUGACUCGGCUUGUAUAUACCCCCUUGUCGUAUGCUAUUCCAUCUUACUGUGUUUUUUGUGUCUUGAGGUGCAGGAAUACUAGCCAGAUGUAUACCCCCUUUGCGCAUGUAGUGUGUUGCUGA